CGGUCUUUAUCUGUGACAAAAGGCUGGCGAGAUAUUUUGAAAGUGUCACACACGCUAAUGUAUAUGCUAAAUUUCGCCCAUGUCCGCCAAAGCAGCUUGGAAAUAGAAUAAUUAACUAUCUUAAAGAAAAGUAUGAAGGGGAGCUAAGCCUUUGUUUGGACGCUGGGUGCGGAAAUGGCCAGAGCAGCAACCUAUUCUCAUCAGAUUUCAAAAAGGUGGUUGCAACAGACGUGAGUUCUGCUCAAGUCACUGUUGCAAAGACUAUGAAUCAUCCAUCCAACAUUGAAUUUCUGGUAAGCCCUGCUGAACAAAUUCCUGCUAAAGAAGGAUCAGUGCAAAUUGUCAGUUCUAGCCAAGCAUGCCAUUGGUUUGAUCUACCCCAGUUUUUUAAAGAAACUAAAAGAGUGCUUUGUUCAAAUGGCAUUGUGGCCUUGUCAGGAUACACAUUUCCUAAAUUUAUACAUCCAACCAAAGAACAAGACUUUCAAAGGGCUUUUGAUUUGCUUUAUUACCAAAGAACAGGCCCUUAUUGGGGAAGUGGUCGUGAACUCGUAGAUAACGAAUAUUCUAAUAUAGUGCUUCCGUUUGAAGAUUUCAUAAGAGAAGAAUUUUGGACAGAGGAAACCAGAACAACCAUUUCAGAGUUUGUUGGGUACAUUACUACUUGGUCUGGUUACCAGAAUUACUGCAAAAACCAUGGAGCCCAAGCAGGAGAAGAAAUUUUAACUGAAUUUACAUCAAGCUGCCUGAAAGCCUAUGAGAACAAUGAAGACGAGGGGCAGUUUACAAUAAGACGUAAAUAUUUUUUGCUGAUGGGGCGCAAAGGAAAAGAAUAAUGUCGAAAAAGUCAAUAAACCAAGGAUGCUGACAUAUGUUCCAUGAAAAGAAAUAAAAUAGUUUGAUGUU